AUGCCAAACACCUGUGAGGAAAUCUCUUCGAACUCGGAGGAGGAGGAGGAGGAAGGUAAAAGAGUGCCACCGCGGGCCGAAGCUAAUGAGGCGACCGAUGCUAAUGAAGCUGCAGGUUCUAAUGUGGUUUCGGACAAACUGAGAGUGGAGAUGAAGCGGCGUUUUUCUACAGAAACAAACAACGUGAUGAAAGGUGUACAGGCGCUCUCCCCAAAACAUACAGGUUUUCUGGACAAGCAACUACUUCUGCCCAUGGCCCAGCAUUAUGGAGUGCGAGAGGAAAACCUGUCUGCGGAACUACAUCAAAGCCGGCCCUCAAGGGACGCGGAAACUGAAGCAGAGCUUGAGACGAGACUCGACAGCAGGGACACGCAGAAGGGACACGCAGGACACUCGAGGAGCGGCCCCAGGAGCAGCCCCUGUACCAGCCCCGGUACCAGCCCGGAGCGGCACCAGGAUCAGCGCAGAACAGACGAGACGGGUCGCGAGUCUUCUGUGGCGGACGGACGCGGUGCAGCAGGAGCGGCCCAGGGAUUUACAGGACGCCAGGGUUCGAGACGCACAUCCAAUCUGCGCGCGCGCACUAUCGGAGCCCACCAGGAGUGUGGAGAAAAGGCCAGCACCAAGCUAAUGUGUGUGCAGUGUGGUGUUUUUAAGUGUGAUUUCCCCUGUCCCCCCAACCAGUGUGACCGAGGCUCGGACAGACGUAGGCAGACGCGCGCUCUGGGAGUGCGGGCAGACUGGUACGCGGAGCCAGCUCGGCCUGGAUCAGCAGCGGACCAGACCAGCCCGGGGUGGCUAGACUGCGCACGCCAGAUAACCAGGGUGUGUUUAAAAGGGGACAUUCGUAAAGAUGACAUGCUGUUAUGGCACACUGGAACACACAUGUCCUUCCCACGCGGGUCACAUAAAAACAACUCCGCGGUGGCUCUUCUGUGCGAUGUGCCUCAUGGUAAACAAACGCGGAUCCGGACGGAGCGCAUCCUCCUGUCCUCCACCGCGCGCAACAGUUCCACCGGCUGGCGGCUGCUGACGCUUUUGCAAUCCACUCUGUAG